UGUCCCCGCAUGUGUCGGCUGCUGACCAUUGAGGGUGAGGGAGAGAAAAACCUUCGACCCUCCGAAAAACAGGGACAGUGUUUCAUCGUAUAACAAAUUUUCGGGGUGUUCGGUGUUUUGGUUCUCUCAUUUCUUGUCCAAUGGGAUACUUUAACGCAGGCCCGAUGAGCGGGUAAUAUCGGUUGGGGAAGAACUCCCAUAACCCGAAGCCCCCAUUCCAAUUAAGAUCGAUCGAUCUCCCAAAAUCCGAUAAUCCUUUGCGUUUUAUGGGUUUUGGGGGAUCGUCGUCGUCGUCGUGAUGGGGUGCGUCAGCUCCAAGCAGGCACGCUCCGACGUCUUCCCCCGUCGCGAUUCUUUCUCCGGCGCCCGGAAUGGCGCCGCCGGAAAUAGAUCACGGUCAUCUUCGUCGUCGUCGCAGUUGUUGUCGGGUUUGGAUAAGGUCAAAUCCGGGCUCUUAGUCUCCAAGGAGGAGCCGGAGAAGGACAAACCGGAGGAACCCGCCGGCGCCGGAUUUUCUUCCUCCGCCGGCUCUCGCCGACAGUCCGGGAAUUUGACGGUGUUGAAGAAGGAGAACUCCAAGAAUAACGACGCUUCGUUUGGCGUUAACGUCGCUAGGAGGUUAACGGAAGGCGAGUUUGUCGCUGCCGGCUGGCCCGCCUGGCUCUCUUCCGUCGCCGGAGAAGCCAUUGACGGUUGGCUUCCCCUUAGGGCUGACAUGUUCCAGAGGUCAGAAAAGAUCGGACAAGGUACAUAUAGCACAGUGUAUCGAGCACGAGACAAUGAAAGUGGCAAAAUGGUGGCCUUGAAAAAGGUUCGAUUCGACAACUUCCAACCGGAGAGUGUGAGAUUCAUGGCACGAGAAAUCACAAUUCUUCGCAGGCUUGAUCAUCCGAAUAUCAUGAAGCUAAUGGGCAUAGUUACUUCUCGGUUAUCAUGCAGCAUUUACCUCGUUUUUGAAUACAUGGAACAUGAUCUUGCCGGACUACUGUCUUGUCCUGAAAUCUCCUUCAGUGAAUCCCAGAUUAAAUGCUACAUGAAGCAGCUAUUGUCGGGACUGGAGCACUGCCAUUCGACAGGGGUGAUACAUCGCGACAUUAAAGUGUCCAACAUUCUGGUAAGCAACGAAGGAGUUCUCAAGAUCGCAGACUUCGGACUUGCCAACUUCAUGAGCGCGAGGAACAAGCAACCGCUGACCAGCCGCGUGGUCACGUUGUGGUACCGCCCACCUGAGCUGCUUCUUGGGUCCACCAAUUACGGCGAGACGGUUGAUUUGUGGAGCGCCGGUUGCGUUUUUGCCGAACUGUUUUCCGGCAGACCUUUCCUCAAAGGAAGAACCGAGGUGGAGCAACUGCACAAAAUCUUUAAGCUUUGCGGUUCUCCAUCGGAGGAUUACUGGAAAAAAUCCAAACUUCCGCUUGCAACUGUGUUCAAACCGCAACAUCCUUACGAAAGUGUGCUCCGGGAAAGAUGCAGAGAAUUUCCCAAAGACGCCGUGGAUCUUUUGGAGACGCUUCUUUCUGUCGAACCUUAUAACCGAGGAACAGCUUCAUCUGCUCUUGAUUCCGAGUAUUUCAAUUCCCCGCCUUAUGCUUGUGAUCCAUCGAGCUUGGAGAAGUACCCGCCCAACAAGGAGAUGGAUGCAAAACUCCGGGAUGAAGAAAGAAGGAAGAAGGCAGUUACUGCGGCGAUGGGAUCGGCGGCGGCAGCGGCAGCGGCGCCGGCUUCCAAGAAUCCGAGAAAAGGUCGGAAAGUUCUGCAAGAAUCCAGCAGCUUCUCCAGAGUUAUUCCCCCGGAGGAGGUGGAGGUCAGUGUCCACUUUUCCCGACGAAACACCACCAACAACGGCGGCGGCGGUCCUAAAGGAGCCGCCACCGCCGCGACAAAGGUGUCGUCGUCGAAGCCAUCGUGCGACGAUACGAGGUCCGAUGUUUCUCUGGCGCCGACGGAGUUAUCUCAGGCGGACACCGUUUGCUCCGCUCCUCCAGAAACGGCGGCGAGGACUACGAAAAACCAAAAGCCGGAUUCUUCUUCAAAUUUAAGAACGCAUAAUAAUUAUCCGAAUUCCAGAAACCAAAAACCGAAUAACAUCGGAGCAGAGCCUUAUUCUUCCGCGGUGCAAUCCAAGCGAGUUUCCUUUGAUUCAUCGGAUAGAAGCCCAGAAAACAUGGCCGAGAAACGCGCCAGUCGCAAGCAACGAUUGAAAGCCGGUCGAAUGCAGUCGUUCGACUCAUCCGAGAUAUAUCAGGCGCGAAAAUCUUCGGAGGACAACGAAGAUCAGCAAGGAAGGACUGGGCUAAUAGGACCAUUAUUCCAUCAGACAAACAAAUAUGAUGCAAGACAUCAGGACACCAAAACCCGGCAAGCUGCUCGCGAUCGCAGAUCCCGUUUCUCCCGAGAGAAUUUUUAAAUUGGAAUGAAGUAAGAAGGAGGAGUGCAUGCAUGGAAAUCAGAACCCGGCCUCCAUUUCUUUAGGGAGCAAGCUAAGCUCAGAUCAAGCAAACAUAACAGACAGCAUACAACAACGUAUCUAACUUCAACCAACUUUUAAGGUUUUUUGUCACCUUGCUUUGAGCUUAGCUUUCACCCAUGAAUUUUAUCUUCGUUGAAACAAAUUAAAGAAACAGACAAGAGAUGAGAUCAGAGUUCCAGUCAAGCUGAGGAAGCUAAUUAAGCAUGCAUGCAUGAUUCGAUCGAGCUAGGAUCCAUAGAAUGCAGAUGAGAUGAAGUGUUGUUUUUCUUUCAUAUUAAAAGAAUGAAGUGAAAAUUUGGCAGGGCGAUGUAUACAUCAAUACAAUGUAUCAUUAUUGUGCUGUAUUAUCAAUCAAUCUCAUCACCUUUUUCCUUUCACUUC